ACUACCACUAAUUUUUGGUCGUCUUGUUGCUAUGGUUGGCUGUUUAUUGUAUAUAUGCUUGGAGUUAUUUACAACUGGAAGACGUUUCGUGAUGCUCACGUGCUAUGCAAUUUUUGGCAUUUCGAUGAGUACCACAAGCGUAAUGCGUGGCUAUAUAGCAAAAAUUAGCACAGUGAAGGAUCGAGCUAUGGCCGUCAGCUUAUUUGGAUUAGCACUAAUGCUAGCCGUUAGCGUAGGACCAUUAUUUCAAUUAGUAUUUUCUUCGCUAGCAUAUCCAGGACAUAUAAUUAUCGAAAAUGCGCUCUAUCUGAAUAUUUAUACUGGUCCAAUUUACGUUGCCACGCUUGCUAAUAUUGCCAGCUUAAUACUUAUUCUAUUGAUCCUUACGCUUUUUUUGCCUCAACAGCUGAUAAAAUGUACACAAUUUAAACGCAGUCUUAUUGAAGCAAGUCGCCGUAGAUCAUCUCAAGCAGUGGCAGCGCUGACAACAGACAUGAGGGCAUUUGAUUUGUCACUGGCUUUAUCCUGCAUUCUUGUUCGAAUGGUUGCAACUCUAACAAUCACUACAAUUCAUACGUGCGAACCUUCUUUUUUUCUCCAUUUCAUUUUUUUUCCAAAAUAACA